CUCGCAGAUGAUUUAAUUCGCCUCAAUAAAUAUUUCUUCCCAAUUCCGGUAUACUUGUCUACGAAUACGAAUAAUAUAUUUAUAUUUAUUAUUUUUAUAGUAAUAAAAAUGUUGCUUUGUGAGGUCUUAUCGAUGUAUCGAUAGCCCGAACUGCCACCGCUAUUCAGUGUACGUGGAAUUUUAAGACAACUUUCACGGCACAAAACAAUACAACUUGGAUCCCUAUGGGAAGCGUCAACUGAAGCAAACCAUUUAAUUUACAGCCGGAGUUCGUCAGCGGUCGACCCAAUUAGAUGCGCCUGCUCCACAGACAGAGCUGAUAAACUCCAGUCCACACAAUCCCCUGCCCUUUCGUCCGGUCGAUUGUGAUAUAUUAUUGAUAAUGGCUCACACCCGUCGUCCCAGCGACGGCCUACUGGCCCGUGUGAACUUUCCUCUGUAUGCCGUAGACAUGCUGACCAGCCGGCACAUCUUGGUGGCGGGUGGGGGCGGUUCCAGCAAGACGGGCGUGGCUAACGGCUUUGAAAUUUAUGAGCUGUACCACAAUGGGAGUCACUUUUGCGCGGAGGAGGUGCUGCGUCACGAGACGGGCGCCAACGUGGUGAUGAAUUUCGCGGUACGCAACGGCGGCAGAAGAGCCUAUUUGUGCGCCGGUCAGGAAGCGCACUGUCAGAUGUAUUACGUCCAGCCGCGCGUUCAGCCAGAGGAUGAUGUGAGUGGAAACGACGUCGGGGACGGUAAGCCCGCGCCGUCCGAGCGUCCGCAUGAAAACGGAAAUUUGCGCCAGCGAAACACACACUCUGGUGUGGAGCCAGUCGCCAACGGGCAUAAGUCUCCGAUUUCCACCGCCGAUAUAUUGCGGCAAUUUCAGCGGCUGCACUUCGACAUUCAGGCUGCGGAUGUAGUGCAGACGGACUUCCUCAAGGGCGCCGAGCCCCUGCAGCGUGUGGUCCGCAUCAGUGGGAACGGUCGACUAAUGGCUACUGGUGGCACGGACGGACAGUUACGAGUGUGGACGUUCCCUCAGAUGACUUUGGCUGCCGAGCUGGCAGCGCACAGCAAGGAGAUAGACGACCUGGAUUUUAGCCCCGAUAGCAAGCUCAUAGCCAGCAUCUCAAAGGACUCUCAGGGCUUGGUGUGGGAUCUGGCCAGCGGCAAGCUGCUACAGAAGCUUCAGUGGAAGACGCCGGAGGGGGCCAAGUACCUGUUUAAGCGGUGCCGUUUCGGGACCGUAGAGGCGCAAAAGGACCACUAUCGCCUGUUUACAAUUGCAAAUCCGCUGGGAAAGGUCGGCAAGCAGCGCGGCUUUUUGCAGCACUGGGAUUGUGCCAGCGGACAGCUCCGUCAAGCUGUUGCUAUCGACGAGAGUUUGUCUUCACUGGCGGUGCGGGACGACGGUCGGUUCGUGGCCGUCGGCACGAUGUUCUCGGGAAGCGUCUCCAUUUACAUAGCAUUCAGUUUGCAGCGCGUGCUCCACAUUCCCCAUGCUCACUCCAUGUUCGUAACGGGCCUUCAGUUCCUGCCUAUCACCAACGAGGAGGGACCGCCCAUUUCUAGCGACACAGAGGCAGCAGUUCUUUCCAUUUCCGUGGACAACAAAGUCUGCAUCCACAGUCUGCCGCAAAGGCGUACGAUCCCCGCCUGGAUUGCCGUUGCCUUCUUGCUCGUUAUGAUUUUUGCCGUGUUUGUGCUGUGCUCCUACAUUGGCAUCUGAUGUUUAGUGGUCAGAAGAGAGUUAAUCGCCUUGCAUUAUUAGUUUGUAAACAGGGUUUAGUUCUUGCAUAAGCCACAACUCCUCGCCCCACGCCCCAUCAUGUUAAUUAUUUUAAGUGUAUAGUUUGUGCCGGCUGCCUUAUCUCUUAUACUAAUUGCAAUGUUCGCUUAGUUGUACCAUAAUUUGCUUAUCUGUGUGUCCCUAAAGAAGGCGUUGCUCGUUCCGCAGAUCUGCCAGUUAUUUAUGCUUUUUAAAUGAAUUGCUAUUAAAUUAAAAUGUAAAACCAAACAGGUAAAUGGACUGCAGCACUAUUUAAAGCAGUAAAGCUAAAUGUAAAAUCCUUUUUAUAAUCAAAAUGUUAGUUCAUUGAGCUGUGUUGGGUUCCAGCACCGACCUUAUAGUCGCAAAUGAAUGAUAUAUAAAGGCAUUCUACAAUGAAA